CAGGCCUCUGAAGCGGGCGCAGAGGCGACGUGAGAUAAGGUCGCAAGCUACUGGCUGCUUUGGAAGAGUCGGACACAGGGAGUAACUCGCGGGUCCCCGUAGAUAGCUGAGCCCGGAGAAAGUGUCUUCUCAGGCUCUGCUGCUCAAUCCGGCCCAGUCCCAAUGACUCCAGCUAAAACCCAGCCAGAAAGAAUGUUUGGUGUGGUGGUGGUUGGCGUUGGCAGGGCUGGAUCUGUGCGGAUAAGGGAUUUGCAGAGUCCCCAGCUUCCUCCCAGCCCUCUGAAACUGAUUGGAUUUGUAUCCAGGCGAGAACUUGGUAACAUUAAUGAGGCGAAGCAAAUCUCCCUGCAAGAUGCUCUUUCCAGUGCAGAAGUUGAUGUUGCUUACAUCUGCAGUGAGAAUGUUAGCCACGAGGAGUAUAUCAGGCUGUUUCUCAAUGCUGGCAAACAUGUCCUUGUGGAAUAUCCAAUGGCUUUAUCUCUGGCAUCGGCCCAGGAGCUCUGGAAGAUAGCAGAGGAGAAAGGAAAAAUCCUACAUGAGGAGCACAUUGAGCUCCUGACGGAAGACUAUGCUUUCUUGAAAAAUGAAGUGGCUGGGAAACAGCUGUUGGAAGGAUCCGUUUACUUUACAGGUGGUCCUUUGGAGGAAGAACGGUUUGGCUUCCUUGCAUUUAGCAGUAUUGCUCGCCUGUCCAGGCUGGUGAGUCUCUUUGGAGAACUUGCUUUCAUUUCAGCCACCAUGGAAGAACAGAAGGAGAAUCAAUAUCUGAAAAUGACUGCAAACUUGGAGACAGUGGACAAGAGGCCACUGACUUGGAUUGAAGAAAGAGGCCCUGGCCUGAAACGUGAGUGGCAUAUUAAUUUCCUUUUUGACUCUGAUCGCCUGGAAAGUAUCCCUCCUCCAACUCAAGGACACAAAAAUAUUUUCCUGAGAGACCAAGAAAUAUUUGUCAAGAAACUUUUGGGCCAAAUGUCCACAGAGGAUCUAGCCAAGGAGAAGAAACACAUCCUGCACUGCCUGGGAAUCGCUGAUGAAAUCCAGAAGCACUGCCAACACCUCAAAAAAGAGGGGUCUUCCGCAGGAGCAGAAGGCACAGUGUAACCCUCUAAGAGUGGAUUUCACAGUUCUUAGCAUAGUCUUAGAUAACAGUACUGGGGUGGUGUUUGUGCUGUUUCAUUUUUCCCAUUAAAAAGGUUUGCUGGGGCAGCUAGGUGGUGCAGUGGAUAGAGCACCGGCCCUGGAUUCAGGAGGAUCUGAGUUCAAAUCCGGCCUCAGACACUUAAUACUUACUAGCUGUGUGACCCUGGGCAAGUCACUUAACCCCAACUGCCUCAGCAAAAAACCCCAAAUAAAACAAACUAAAAAAAUGGUUUGCUUAGGGAUGCCAUGGUUUACUUACUUUUUUGUCAUCUGCCCUGGGCUCGGUGGGUAGAUAGAAUUAAGUGCCAUACCAGAACAUGCUCUGUCCUGGUCAUACCACCUCUCCGGUUCUGGACCCUACGUUUUAGAAAGGACAUUGAAAAUCUAGAGUGCAUUCAGAGGUUUCCAAGCAGGACCAUGAGGGGUAUUCAAAACCAUGAAAAAACAAACAAAACAAAACAAAACAAAAACCCAAAACCAUGCCAUAAAAGAUGGAGCUGAAGGAACUGACAGUGUUUAUCUCGGAGAUAGAAAGACUUCCGGUGGGAAUGGGAGCUGAAGGUGGUGACUGCCUUUGAGCAUUUUGCAAGACUAUGAAUAUGGAAGAUGUAGAACUGAAUGUAUUCUACCCUGGAAGAAGGAUAAGACUUGGACCUUUUGACCCUAGAAGGCAGUACUGAGAA